UGGUGGAAUAGCCACCCGCAGAGGCUCCCCCACAGCGUGGAGGCUGCAGCUGCCAGAAUGCCGCGCUCCUUCCUGGUGAGAAGCAAGAGGGGCCCAAACCACCCGGGGCAGCGACUGGAGGGUCUUGGCGACCCAGCCUGGGGAGCACCCCGAGCAGGGCCGGCACCGGCCCAGCCCCCCAAGCUGGGGCAGGGGGCAGAGGAAGGGAGCAGAGCCCAUCCCAGGGCCUUGGAAAGCUGCGGGGUGCCAGAUGGGGAGGGGGCAGCCAGCCAGCCGCAGCGCAGCCCCCCUUCCGAGACGGACUUCAGCCAGAGCUGGGCCUGUCGGCCCCUGCCAGGCGUGAGCAGCCCCCCAGAUGUGUCGUUCAAGCCCUUCUGGAGCAGCUACCGUAGCCCUGAGCUGCAGCAGCUGGUGCAGAGUGUCCUGCCGCCGGCGCUGGGCUCCAGGAGGGAGCUGGGCAGGGAUGCUGAGGGGACCUCUGGCCUCCUGGGAUCUCUCCUGCUCUUCUCCAAGCCACCACACAGGUGCAGCUGCUGUGACAAGGGCCUCCCUGCAGCCCAGCACCUAGGCAGCCACCUGAAAUGCUCAACGCUCUGCAGCCACAUGGCCCCAUGGCGGAUGUGUGGACAUCCAGGCGGCCUGCAGCACCAGCCUGCCCCUCCAUGCCCGGGCAAAGGGAAGCCAGAGGUGAGGCACUUCCCCUGCCGGAUCUGCGGGAAGCAGUUCAAGCGCUCAUCCACGCUCUCCACACACCUGCUCAUCCACUCGGACACGCGCCCCUUCCCCUGCCCCUUCUGCGGGAAACGCUUCCACCAGAAAUCUGACAUGAAGAAACACACCUUCAUCCACACAGGUGAGAAGCCUCACAAAUGCCAGGUGUGCGGCAAAGCCUUCAGCCAGAGCUCCAACCUCAUCACCCACAGCCGUAAGCACUCAGGGCACAAGCCCUUUGCCUGCUCCCUGUGCCCCAAGGGCUUCCAGCGCAAGGUGGACCUGCGGCGCCACCAGGAGACCCACGGGCUCUUCCACAGCCCCGGGGGCGGCCAGGUGCUGGGCGCCCUCCGCUAGGAGCUGGGCAGGUGGGGCCCCGGCCACCCGCCCUGCAGGGGGAGCUGUGGAGGCCAGAGGAGAUACCCCAGAGUUGAGGGGGGUCCUGGAUCAUCCCCCAAGCUGCCAUCACGCCCCAUCCCCCCUCGCCUGUAAGGUGCUGCUGGGACCUGGAACCACCAUGUGAUGGAGUCGGCAGCCGGCAGGAGGACUCAGCUGCCCGUCCUUCGUGGGCCCCUCUUGCCAGCCAGACCAUGGGUCCUCCCAUGGCUGAAGGUGGGCACAGUGGGACAGUCAGGGGGCCUGUUUGGGGUGAGGGGGGAGCACCAGCCUGGUCGCCCUGGGGCUUCUCUGCAUCUGGCUCCCUGCAUGAGCAUCUCCCCGGGGGCUGGGCUGGGGCAGAGGGAGGGGUGAGCUGUGGGCUGCACCCCCCGACCCAGAUGCAGGGGAGAGAUGUGAGCUGAGAUCUGUCCUGUGCCCCAGUAAGCAGAGAUGGCUCCUCAG